GGCCGUUUCUCUGUUUUCUGUCUCCCGCGCUUCAGUCUGUCCGCACGCGGCUCUCUCUCGGGAAUCAUGGCAGUGUAGCGGCUUGCAGCGGCAACAAUCGCAGCGGCGAAUCCGGCAGUGCAGCGGUCAAGUGCACUGGCUUUAUUUGGCAAAAUGGCGUCCCUUGUGGCAUCCACCCACAGCUCUGCUGCUGUAGACAGCACCACCUCCUGGUUCUCCAUCGCUCCAGAACCCCAGUCCCGCUCCGCUCCAGCUCCGACCGUCUGUCAUGUCUCUGAGUCUGGAGGACGUGGGGGCCCUGUUCCUUGGGCCCUCGUCUCUGAUGGCUGACCCCUUCGGGCCCCUUCUGGACGAUGAUGAGGAGAGCGCUCUGUCAGAGGGGUGGUCAUCACCCCUCUCCUCUUCCUCGCCCCUCUCUCCCUCUCGUCCCGCUUCUGUAGGGUGUGAGUCUCUCUCCUGGACGCCUGCACAAACAGAGCUCGAGCAGAGCCGAGCAGGCGACGUGUUCUCUGGCAUGGAUUGGAUGACGGAGAAGUUAGACCUGAGUGACUUCGACCUGGAUUCUCUCAUCGGAUCGUGUGAUUCAGACGAGCCUCCCAGUUCUCCGGAGGAACUGCUGGCCUGCCUGGACACAGACACGAACCUGGACCUGGAUUCACUUCCGCUCGGCUCCUCCGAGCUGGGCCUGGCGCUGACCUUUGACCUCCCCCUCCCAGAGGAGCCUGUGGAGAUCAAGUGUGAGCCUCUGUCUCCUGAUCCGAGCUUCACGCUGGAGCUGGGCAGCGAGGUGUCCGUGCUCCCGUCUCCUGAACUCCCGCUCUCUCCUCCCCUCGUGGUGCUGCUGCUGACUCCCAAAGAGGAGGCAAACGCUGGCGAUUCGUCCGACAGUGACAGCGGGAUCUCCGUCUCCGGAUCAGAUCCCGAACCCUCGCCGAAGCCCACAGACUCCUCCAGAACCAAACCCUACUCCAGACCCGACCCAGACGGCACUCCAGCCGUUACGAGCCGCGUGAAGGCCGCUCCCGGCGCUCCUAAAGUGGUGGAGAAGAAACUGAAGAAGAUGGAGCAGAACAAAACGGCAGCGACGCGCUAUCGGCAGAAGAAGCGCUCCGAGCAGGAGACGCUGAGCUCCGAGUGUACCGAGCUGGAGAAGAGAAACCAGCAGCUCCAGGAGCGAGCGGAGUCCAUCAGCCGAGAGAUCCGCUAUCUGAAGGACCUCAUGGAGGAGAUCCAGUCUGCUAAGAACCGCAGGAGCAAAGCCAAACCCCAGGACACCGUCAGCGCUGGUCAGAGUUAGAUCCUUCACCGUAGUUCUGAUCCGCUGGAGAUCACCUGCUCUAAACUCCCUCAUCUCUCCUUCUCUUGUUCCUCUCCAGUCAUUAAUCGUCCAGUGAGGGGCUCAUCAGUCGUUGUUACACUGAAUCUGUUGCUGAAGAGCUUCACUUGUGCUGUUUAAAC